GCUGGGCCAGGCCCGGAGAUCAGCCGUCGGGGGGGUAGAGGGGGGCCCACCGUAUUCUUGCAGCGGCAGUAAGGGGAGAAUAUGGGAGGAAAGAACCAGGACAACCCCCGGAGAGUCAGAACAAACCUUGCCAUGCCCAGAUAUGGUCCAUCAAGCCCAUUUACAGGACACUUAAGCAUAAAAAGUAAUGCUUUUUGCACUGACUCCUCCUCUCUCAGACUAAGUACCCUCUACCUGAUCAAGAACCACAUGGCUGUUCACUAUAAUAAAAUCCUUUCAGCCAAAGCCGUUGUAGAUUGCUCAAUGCCAGUAAGCAUGACUUCCAGCAUUAAAUAUUCAGAUCAGCAACGAAGAGAGAAACUUAAGAAGGAAUUGGCACAGUGUGAAAAGGAUUUUAAAUUAGCUAGAAUCGCUACACAAACAAGUAACAGAUUUAGUUCCAGUCCAAUUUCAUCUAUAGGUCUAAAGCUUUCAGAGGAAUCACAAGACGGGGAUGAAGAAACUGAGGAAGAAAAUGAAUUUCCAUCUUUUUCAAAAUCGCUACCACCUGCAUCAGACAAACAAUUUACAGAUUUUUCUAAUCUUGAAAAAACUGUCAGAAAUGAAACUCGAAGGACCUAUAGUACUUCAGGUGUACCAAAUCCCCGAAGACAGUUAUCUGGACCCUCACAUAAUGCCUCUAGUGGUAGUGGUAAGAAUACCAAAAAUCCACGGAGGUUUCAAUUAUUUGCUUCAAAAGCACCUAGCGGAGAUCUCCUAGAGAAGCAUUCUACACACUUUACUAACAAGCAGCUGCCAUUCACUCCUCGCACUUUAAAAACAGAAGCAAAAUCUUUCCUUUCUCAAUAUCGAUAUUAUACACCAGCUAAAAGAAAAAAGAACACCCAGGAUCAAUUGAUUGAGGCAGAAACCCAGACUGACUUAAGCAGUUUUAAAACUCAUUUUGUGUCAGCUGAGUUGAACAAUAUCGAUUCAGAAGAAGUGAUCAUAAAUGAGUCCAAGACAUCCAGUUGUAAAACAUAUGGAAUGAAGGAAAAAAUUAUUCCUGCCCAGGACUUCAGGGAUAACUUAGCCUGGGAGAAGGUUAAAGAAGAUGUACUUCACUACCCAUUAUCAAGAACAUCCAUUCCAUGUUACCUGCAGCCUACUCCAGUGAAAAAAAUCCAGUCUGAAGAAGAAGAACUCCUAUAUCUGAGCUUCAUUGAAGAUGUAACAGAUGAAAUUCUGAAACUUGGCUUAUUUUCUAACAGGGUUUUAGAGAGAUUGUUUGAGCGUCACAUAGAACAAAAUAAACAUCAUUUGGAGGAGAAUAAAAUGCGCCACAUGCUUCAUGUCUUGAAGGUCGAUUUAGGCUGUACUCCUGAGGAAAAAUCUGAAAAACUAAAUGGUACCCUUAAUAUGUCAAAUUUAUUUGAUUUUGAAAAGCUUGGAACUCCAGAAGAAAUACAGUUAACAGAUGAAAAUGAAAUCACAGUGUCUCCAUCCAAAAGCGAAGAAAACCAAACAUCUCUGGAGUUACAUGAUAAAAUUGUGGAAGCAGAUUUGACCCCUCAGGAAAUGGUAUCCACAUCUUCAAGCAAUACUUCACAGGUCAGCACUAAAGAUAAGUCUUCAGAAGACAAUGUUAGUGGGCAGGUGAUUAGUGAAACAAAUCUUGAACCAUCAGCACAGUCUGAAGAACCAAGUGUUUCCUACACCACCUCAGACCCAGUAUCCCCUACAGAGUCUCUUGAAGGUGAUAAUGACCUUGAAAAAACAGAUUCUUUAAGUGUUUCAGGUAAAACACACUUGGAAGAGGGUGUUCAAAAUGCCAUUAAGGAAGAUAAUGAUCAUGACACAGAAGAACCGACUUCCCAACUCUCUGAAACAAUCAAUGAGCAAUAUCCCUUGGAUAACUGAUGUUAGUUAAUAAACACUCCAAAUGGCUAGUGAAUCAUUCUUUGUCUCACUGUCUCUUGUCAUCUUUUGAAACUGAUGAAAUUUUUCAUGCAGGAGAACAAAUCUUCAUAAAUAAUCUGGAUACCAAUGUGCUGCAGCAUUCCAAGUAAUUGGAGAACUGUUGUUUCAAAUAAAGAGGCAGCAUUGUCUCCUGGAAAGUGCCAUAGGUCUGGGACUCAAGAGAUCUAUAUUCUAAUUCCAGUUCUGCCACCAACUUCACUUUGUGGCCAAAAGCAAAUCACUUUCUUGGGCUCAAUUCUCUCAUCUAUCUAGUAGGAUCAUAAAACUUACCACACCUCAGUGUUGUUGCAAGGAAGGCUCAAAUGCCAUGACAAAUCUGAAAGUGUUUUUAAAACUUAAAGUGUUAAGUGAAUAUAAGUUAGUACUAUGUUGAUCUCGAUCACUGCAGUUAACUAAGGAUAAAUUUUUUUAAUGUAGAAAAUAAAAAUAUAAGUUUGAUCAGUUAUGUGGGUUUAUGAUAAGGAACUCCAUUUCUACACUUAGAAAAAAAUGAAAUUUUCUUUCCAUUAGGGAAAUAUUUUGCUUUAAAUACUAGAGUCAGUAAGCAAAUAAAGGGAAACCUCAUUUCAUACCGCUUAAUGUACAUAUAUUAAGCUGUGUAUAGAAUCCUUUAUGAGGCACGUGGGGAGAUAGGAAGUUCCACUAAGAUACUAUCCCCAAACUCAUUCUAGUUUUAUUUAUUCUGGUGGAGUUUGAUAAUAGGGGCAGCUAGGUGGCUUAAUGAAUGGAGUAUUAGACUGGGAGUUUGAAGGACCUGAGUUUGAAUCCUCAUUCAGAUACUAGUGUAACUCUGGGUAAGUCAUUUAACCUCCAUGAGCUGCAGUUUCCUCAUCUGUAAAAAUGGGGAUUAUAGUCACAUCUGCCUAAUGGGUUGGUAGUGAGGGCCAAAUGAUAAAAUGUAUAUAAAGUACUUUGAAAACUUUAAUGUGCUAUAUAAAUGUUAGCUAUUAUUAGUAUUACUACUUCCGCUACUUUUGAUAACAAAUACAGAGUUAAUGUGUAACCCAUAAAGUACUCUAUGUUAGUUGUUUUUAUUUGAGGAAUGAUGCAAACAUAUCUAUUAUGCAAAAUAUUACAUAGAUGUAUUGGAAAGGCACAGAAUGAAGGGCUUAGUGUAAGAGGUUAAAAAAGGAAGGGAGGAAAAAAAGCAGAGUAUCUGAGAAGGUUUCCUGGCAGAAAUAGUAUUUGUCUUGGGGUUUAAAGGAUAGGUAGAGAUUAAACAAGUGAGGAUGAAAGGGAAGAAGUGUAUUCCAGAUACAUGGAAGAAAGACACAAAGGCAGGAAAAUGCAGAUGGCAUGUUUGGAGAAAGAGAGUAGUACAGUUUGGUUGGAGUAUGGAGUACAUGGAAGAGAGUAAUAUAUAAGACAUGUUAGGAAGAGAGGAUGCUGCCUACCAAAGCAAAGGAACAUGAGUGCCAGACAGAGAAAUUAGAAAUGUCAUCAGUGGGGGAUAGGAAGCCACUAAUGGCUCUCGUGGAGAAGCAGCUAGAUGGUUCUGGGGCUAGAGCAGCACUAGGCCUGGAGUCAGGAAGAUGACCUCAGAAACUUAGUAGCCAUGUGAUUCUAAGCAAGUCAUUUGCCCUCUGUUUGCCUUGAUCCACUGGAGAAGGAAAUGGCAAGUCACUUAUCUUUGUCAAGAAAACCCCAAAUAGGAUCACAAACAGACAUUGACUGAAAUGACUGAACAACAACAAAAUCUAUGUAGAAAUAAAACAUUCUACAUAGACAAUUAUAAUUCAUCUCUCCUUAGUGAGAUUAGCAACAUCUCUAAAAUUCUGUUAUGCAAAUUAACUUAAGGUCAUAAUUACUAUACUAUACAUAUUAGCUUUUUGGCCUCCUAUCAGUUCCUAAAAAUUGUUGAUUCUUUUUUGAAGUAGAAAUUUAGUUUAGAGAGAAUAGGAAUAAAGAGGAUGAGAGGACAUAGACACUUAGAGAAGUUGUCUAGGAACAACUAUAUUUAUAGAAUGGGGCAUUUUGGUCCUCUCAAAACGUUUGUGGAAUUCAGCCAAAUGGCACUUAUCCCAUAUUAAUAGGGAUCUUCCAGUAUGCAUGAAGAGUGCAGGAUUUUAAAUGAAAAUCAAAUGGACAAAAUGAUCGAGUAUCACAAUCCUGGUUCUGGAGUCAGAAAAGUAAUUUCUCCCAGGAACUAUCAACAUUCACACCCCUUCCCUUGCUUCCCAUUUUUACAUUUCACUUAUUCUGCAUUUAUUUUCUAUUUAUUCCUAAUACAUUCAUAUCAUUUCCCCCAAAAUGAUCUAUAUCCUCCUUAAAAGCAGAAGACUCUUGAACAUAGUGCCUGGCACGUAGUAAAUGUUACACAAACACACACAUACAUGCAUUUAUACAUAGAUGUAUAUGUAUAAAAUGUAUAUUGUAACCUCUAUCAAGUCAGGUAUCAUGAUUCAUUUAUCUUUAUAUUCCUCCUGCAAUUUCUUUCACUUAGUGGAUAAAGCACUGGCCCUGGAUUCAGGAGGACUUGAGUUCAGAUCUGGCCUCAGACACUUGACACUUAUUAGCUGUGUGACCCUGGGCAAGUCACUUAACCCUCAUUGCCCUGAAAAAAAAAAAAGAUACUCUGAAAUUUCUUCCACUUAGAAGAAAAUUUGGUAUAGGUUGAAUUAAUGAAUUCAGAUACCUCCAGGCUCCUCCUAGAAAAGGAAAAGUAGGGCUAAACCCAGACACGACUAAAUAUAGUAAUAUCCAAAUAUCAGUUAAAAGAGCAUCCACCAAUCAGUAGAAAUCUAUUUAAGUAGCCAUGCACUCAAGAAACAUGUAUUUUGAAAGUAUCCAGUAAUGCAAGUCGCUAUAGUGUAAACAUGUUUAGUAUUAAGUGUGUUUUUAAUUAAAAUCUCUUUCCUCCCCACUGAAUCCUGUUAUCUAUGAUGAAAAGUGUUUUUAAAUAAGUAAAAGAACCUAUUUUAUGUAAUGUUAUUUUUACUUUGAUUUAUGUCAUCUUUAAUGUCCAAGUAAAAUCUUCAAGCACAGUUAUAAAAUAGUCUUUUCUCAGUAUAUUUGUCCACUCUAAAAAAUCCCAACUAAAACAAAUGUAUUUAUGAUUGUUAUUUAGAACAAUCAGUACAGACCUAUGGCAAAUACAGAUAUAAUCUCUUUUUUGAAAAUAAUCAAAAUAUUCUCUCUCUAAUCCAAAUACUCACAUGAAGUUAAUAUAGCAUAAUGAGUCCUUUUUACUACCUGCUCCAACACACUUUCCACACUUGCAGCACCCUCCACAAAAGUCCUCCUUGGACAGAUUUUCCCCAUGUUUAAAUAACCCCUGGCUCUCAAAGGUUUUGGCCAUAGAGUCCCAUCUUAUCAGUUGGUUCCAGAGAGUUUGCCGGCAGGUUAAUGCCUGUUGUCCAAAGGCCCAAGCUUGAUAAGAAAGACUCAUCAACAGAUCGGUCACGAAGGAUGAAUUCUUUAUUUGUGAAAAUUCAUUAACAGACAAAUACAAAAUGGCCUCUUGGCUGUAGAGCUUCCUUUGUGCUUCUACAGAAGGGGUGAAUAGCUGAUAAAGGAGGGAAGAAAGUGGUAAGAAUCACAUGUAAAUUUAGCUGUUGGUACUAUAAAUAAGAUCCCAGCCUAACAAUCAUUAGUUAAUAUACUGCCACAAAAGCUGAAGCAUAUCAGUAUUGAUAUGUUGUUGGUCAGUUUUUCAGUCACGUCCAACAUGACCCCAUUUAAGCUUUUCUUGGCAAGUACUGGAGUGGUUUGCCAUUUCUUUCACCUGCUCAUUUUAUGGAUGAGAAAAUUGAAAAUUGAAGCAAAUAGAGUUAAGUGACUUGCCCAGGGUCACCCAGCUAGUAAGUGUCUAAGGCUAGAUUUGAACUCAAGAAGAUGAGUCUUCCUGACUCCAGGCCAAGCACUCUAUUCACCGUGCCAUUUAGUCACCUUCAGUAUUGAUACACUUCACUAUAAAUGAAAUAAGACAUGAGGUUAAAGGUCGAGGGAAGUAUGACUCACAUGACCUCCUUGGAGAAGCAAAAAAAUUUAAAAAGUAAUUUUUAACAACUUAUCAAGUCUCUAUCGUGUUCAAGGCACAGUGAAAGGGAUGGGGGGAGGGAGAAUGCAAAGGUAGAACAGUCCCUUCCUUCAAGGACUUCAUGUUCCACCAGGGGGAAUCCAUGCUCACAAAUAAGUAAUUACAGGAUCUAGACAAACAAUACAGGGGCAGGGAAGCAAAACAACAAAUGGAUGAGUCAGGCAAGGCCUCAAGAUAGGAAUGAUAAAAGAGAGCACACAAGGAAUGUAAGCCUGGGUUAAAGGAACAGAGGCCAAUGUCAUGUAAUCAAUCUGGAAACAGGACUGGAGUCAGAUUGUGAAUGACUUAUGGAAGUUUUUAUUUAGCCUGAAGGUGAUAGGAACCACUGAAAUUUUUUUUUUUAAUUUUCAGACCUUUACUUUUUUUUUCCCAAUUACAAGUAAAGAUAGUUUUCAACAUUCACUUUCGUAAGAUUUUGAGUUCCAAAUUUUUCUCCCACCCUACCAA